AUGAAGAAGCGUGUUGAUGAACGCGUACGGCAGCUGCUCGUUCGCGCCUACGAGACACACACCCGCGCGCUUUUCUUUGUUGUUGGUGAUCACGCCAAAGAUCAGGUCCCUUUCUUUUACCACUUACUUACUCGGAUCGGAACGAGGCCGCGGCCAGAUGUCCUUUGGAUGUAUAAGAAGGAACUGGGUUUUUCGUCGCACCGCCGCAAACGCCUGCGACAACUCCGCAAAAAGCUGCGACACGGUGGAGUCUCUGUGGACGCCAAAACCGAAGACCUUUUUGAACUAUUCGUCUCGACAGCUAACAUCCGCUUCUCGUACUACUCUGAAUCCGAAAAGGUGCUUGGGAACACUUAUGGUCUCCUUGUUCUACAGGACUUUGGAGCCCUUACACCGAACCUUCUUGCACGCACGAUCGAGACUGUGCAGGGAGGCGGUUUGGUAUUGUUCCUCUUGCAUAACAUGGAGAGUUUGCGGCAGCUGUACACGCUGAAAAUGGACGUACACGCCCACUAUCGCACGGAAUCGUGCCCGGAUAUAGUACCACGAUUUAAUCGGCGACUCGUCCUCAGCCUCGAGACCUGCCCUAUGGCGCUUGCAGUAGAUGAUGAACUCAAUGUGCUUCCUGCCGUUGGUGGUGCGAGCUGCUCGUCAGCAUAUUCGAUACCUCAGGCUGCAAAUGCAGAUGAUAGCUCCAGGGCGCAAGAUCUCGCUUCUAUUCCCCGGAUUCAUGUUCGUUCGCCUCCGGAAGUUGGCGGCACCGUGGGCGACUCCAACGUCACUUCGGAAGCGGAGUUUCGCCAAAAGCAGCUCGAAAUCUUAUGGUCAUCCCGUGCAGACCUGCAAGUGCUAGGGCCGCUGCUGCGUCGCACCCGCACGCUCGACCAGGCUCGUGUCCUGGAGACGCUUCAUGCCCUGCUGGCCCGCAACGUCGAUACAACAACUCCGGCUGCGCUUGCAGCGUCCAUGGUGGUCUUGACAGCAGCUCGUGGCAGGGGCAAAUCUGCGGCGCUGGGGCUAGCGGCGGCUGCGGCGCUUGCGCUCGGCUACACGUCCAUUGUGGUGACAGCGCCCGCAGCGGACAACGUCCAGACUCUAUUUUCACUCUUAGUGUCAGGCCUGAAUGAGCUCAAGUUACAAGAACAUACGGACUAUGUGCUAGAAUCCCGACACGAUCGCUGCAUAAGCAAGCUCUCUAUGCUUGGGCGGCGGGUGCGUCAGGUCUCGUACCUUGAGCCAGAGGCUAUCCGGCGGGUGGAUGCCGCCACCAUUGGUGCCCUCGUAAGCGCUGACCUCGUCAUUAUUGAUGAAGCAGCCGCUAUACCGCUGGUACUUGUGAAACGAAUACUCUCACUUCUGCCCAGCAAAUCGUGUCACGUCUUCCUAUCGUCGACGAUCUUCGGUUACGAAGGAACCGGCCGUAGUCUCUCCCUCAAGCUGAUCGCGCAGGCUCGCCGCCAUGUUCAACAAAACACUUCAGUGGCGGCAGAAAGUAGGCUUGUGCCACCCCCAAUGCCGGAAGAUGUGUCGCAUACCCCAAAUGGCGGCAUCGAGCCGCCAGUAGAGCACGGCUGUGACUCCAGCACCCGGCAAUAUGGUCGACGCUUCCACGAGCUUGUUCUCGAGGAGCCCAUCCGCUACGCUCGCAACGAUCCGGUGGAGGCGUGGCUUCACGCGCUCCUCUGCCUGGAGACGACAGAAGCGCCAGCGUUGCAGACACGUGCGCUUCCGCACCCUUCCAUGUGCACGCUAUGCCAAGUCAAUCGCGACGUUCUUUUCAGUGGACACGCCCUAGCGGAAAUUUUCCUCCGUCGGGUAAUGGCGCUUUUUGUGUCCUCGCACUAUAAGAACACCCCCAAUGAUCUUCAGAUGCUGAGCGAUGCAUCGAACCAGCAGCUGUAUGUGCUGCUGGGGCCAACUUCCUCUGAUCCAAAACGACUACCGGAUGUGCUGUGCGCCAUUCAGCUAGGACUCGAGGGGCGCCUCUCGCGUGAACACACCGAGUCUCAGUUGUCGCGAGGGAAGCGAGCUGCUGGGGACCUCAUUCCGUGGACGCUAACGCAACAGUUCCAGGAGACAGCCUUUGCUCAACUGGCAGGUGCUCGGGUCAUCCGCAUUGCUACGCAUCCUGAUGUGCAAGGUAUGGGCUACGGCACCCGCGCCAUGGAGUGCCUCGUGGAACAUUUCCGCCGUCGAGUGGCCUCCGGUGUGCAGCAGCAUGAACGAAAGACUCUGCGAGAAACCGAUGAUGCACAACCCGAUCUGUCUGUGGGAAGCAUCAAUGACGACACGGUACCGGAGCCGUUGCUUUACAGACUGAGUGAACAGAGGGUUCCGGAUCUGGACUAUCUGGGGGUUUCGUUCGGUCUCUCACACGGACUGUAUCGAUUCUGGAAUCGCAUCGGUAUGCUGCCAGUCUACGUGCGACUUACCCCGAAUGAGGUCACUGCGGAGCAUACCUGCAUCAUGCUUCGGAGUUUGAAGCAGGCCCAUGAACAGGGAUUUAGGGCCCUGCACUUGGACUGGCGAGCACGGUUUCUGUCGCUGCUCUCAUACGACUUUCGCUCGUUACCCUUGGGUCUCGUGCUGGACGUCUUGCGAGCUGCACCGCCCGACGCCAGUCUGUGGAACGCGGCACAACUUCGCUUGCUACUUUCCAUGCACGACUUGCGGCGUUUGCAAGCGUAUGCAAACCAUCUGCUGGACUAUCACGUGAUUUUGGAUAUCAUUCCGGUGCUGAGUCGUCUGUACUUUGAAGGCCAUUUUGCUGCAGAGCGGAUUACGCUGUCGCCGGCGCAGCAGGCUAUCCUGGUUGGUGUGGGACUCCAGCGCCGUCCACUCGAAGAGCUCGGGGCAGAAAUGCAGGUUGAAAGUGCUCAGUUGCUCGCGCUUUUUGGGAAGAUAUGUCGUAAGUUUGCAAAUGAAUGGAAACGACUUGCGGAAGAGGAAGCGAGCACAGAUCUGCCCUUACAUCCGAUAACGGAGCGUGCCGCUUCUUCGCGAAACGGGGAUGUUUCCCAAGUGGCCGCCGCAGACCACAGCAGCAGCUCGACGUCGCGUCAGCUAACCCGGUCGCAGCAAACGUUAGACUCCCUGAGGCCCGACUCGACACCCUAUGUUGACAUCGGGGGGAAAUCGUCCGAAAGUAGGCCGCGCUUUGCACUGGAUACGAAUAUGCAGCCGGCUGAUUCUGGAGCCGCUCCUGUACGUCUUGUAUCCUUGCCGGCUCGUCGAAGCUAA